CAAGGCAGAGGCUGCAGGUUGAGAAACUUCUAAAGCAUCCGUGUCGGGCAUUUUUACCCAAUUGGAAAAACAAAUCAAAAUCCUCCAUCUUGAAAAAUGGUUCAGGUUAAAAACAUUUGCUGCAUCGGUGCUGGAUAUGUAGGAGGUCCAACGUGUACGGUCAUAGCCCAGAUGUGUCCGGAAGUCACAGUCACAGUGGUGGACAUCAACGAGGAGAGAAUCCGUGCCUGGAACUCUGACCAGCUGCCAAUUUAUGAGCCUGGACUCCAAGACGUGGUAGAUUUUUGCAGAGGGAAGAAUCUUUUCUUUUCAACUAAUAUAAAUGAAGCCAUUAAAAAAGCUGAUAUCAUCUUUAUUUCGGUGAACACUCCCACCAAAACCUUUGGCAUGGGCAAGGGCCGCGCAGCUGACUUGAAAUAUGUAGAAGCUUGUGCUCGCCAGAUUGCAGAUGUUGCCGAUGGCUAUAAGAUCGUAGUGGAAAAGAGCACGGUGCCAGUACGAGCAGCUGAAAUUAUUCGGCGGAUUUUCAAAACUAGCACUAAACCAAACCUUUCUUUCCAAGUCCUUUCAAACCCAGAGUUCUUGGCAGAAGGCACUGCCAUCGAGAAUUUAAAGAACCCAGACAGAAUACUCAUUGGAGGAGAUGAGACACCAGCAGGCCAGAAUGCCAUUGCAGCCCUCAGUGAGGUGUAUGAACACUGGGUUCCUAAGAGUAAAAUUAUCACAACCAACACCUGGUCAUCUGAGCUUUCCAAGCUGGCUGCUAAUGCAUUUUUAGCACAGAGGAUCAGCAGUAUUAAUUCUAUCAGUGCACUCUGUGAAGUAACAGGAGCAGAUGUAGGAGAAGUUGCUCAUGCCAUUGGGACUGAUCAGAGGAUUGGCCGGCCUUUCCUACAAGCGAGUAUUGGAUUCGGAGGCAGCUGUUUUCAGAAGGAUAUUCUAAACUUAAUAUAUAUAUGUGAGACACUCAGCCUUCAUGAGGUGGCCUUGUACUGGCAGCAGGUGUUGGACAUCAAUGAAUAUCAGCGGAGGAGAUUUGCUUCUCGCAUUGUAAACUGUCUGUUUAACACAGUGGCAGACAAGAAGAUUGCACUUCUGGGCUUUGCGUUCAAGAAAGACACUGGUGAUACCAGGGAAUCAUCCAGCAUUUAUGUCUGCAAAUAUCUGAUGGACGAGGGAGCUCACCUGGCCGUCUAUGAUCCGAAAGUCAAGAAAGAGCAGAUUAUACGAGACCUUUCCCACCCAGCCAUCUCUGGGGACAAUCCGGAGAGAGUGUCAGAACUGGUAACCAUCACAUCAGAGCCAUAUGCUGCUUGUGAAAACACCCAUGCACUUGUCAUUUGCACAGAGUGGGACCUUUUUAAGGAUCUGGACUAUGAAAGGAUUUAUGGAAAAAUGCUUAAGCCUGCAUUUAUCUUUGAUGGAAGACGGGUCUUGGACAAUCUGCAUAAGAGACUGCAGCAAAUUGGCUUCCAGGUGGAAACCAUUGGGAAGAAGGUUAAUCCAGUUUCUUCAUUAGUCUACCGGGCAGCAUCCAAACCUGCAUGUCAGGAGCAGGAUCCUACCCCAGCAAAGAAAGUUAAAAUCUAGAUGAGCUUUUAUUAAUGGGACUUUAUGGUAUAGAUCUAUUGUAUUAAUAUAGUUUAUUUGUAAAGAUAUGCAAGGUGGCACAGCCACAACAAUUUCUGACCCCAUCCCCCCCCCACCUUACCUCCAUCCUAUUUCUUUUCUGCCUGGCAACCUUUCUAGACUACAUUUUAGUACAUACCUACUUCAGUCUUUUAGCCACUUUUAGUGUCCUUUUUUAAACACCCUUAUAAUGUUAUGAAACUUUUUCUUGUAUAUCUUCAAGAUUUCUAUAAAAUGUACUUUUGCUUUAUCGUUUCCCUUCAAAGUCUAGUUCUAUUGGACAGAAGCCACAAAAAAGUACCUCAACUAUUUUGUUUGUGCUUAAUAAUUUUUUAUAUACUUUUAUACUGUCAUUUUUUAUUCUGUAAAUAAAAACCUUUUAAAUAUUUAA